AAAGUUGUUUCCUGUUUUCAACGUUGUCAGCCACUUCAACAUGUAGCAGCACCCUUUGUUCACACUGAUCCUGCUAGAUGUGACCGGCGAGGAGGCGGGGUUAUUAUGGUCUCUGUCGCAGCUGCAUUCACCCGCCUGCACUCAUGCAGUUCUCACAGAAAGUAAGAACAUGCUCAACGGUACUUGGAAAAAUUAUGAAAAUGGAAUGGAGCAGGACAUGAGUAGCACGGCGUACGCUCUGGUGUUCGGGUCUGUGAUGACUCUGGGUCUGCCUCUGAAUGCCGUGUCCCUGUGGAUCCUGGUACGCCACCACAGCCUCAAAUCCCCCAGCGCCAUCUUCAUGGUCAACCUGGCCAUCUCAGACCUGCUGCUCGUCUUGACCUUGUCCAUGAGGGUCUACUUCUACGCCACAGGAACCUGGCCUCUGGGCGACAUGGCGUGCAUCUGGAUCACGAUGCUCUUUCGCAACAACAUCCGCUCCAGCUCCAUCUUCAUCACCUUCAUCAGCGUGGACAGGCUGCUGGCCGUGGUCUAUCCUCUGAGGUCACGCCAUCUCCGGACCCCGUACAACGCCUGGAAGGCUGUCGGGCUCGUCUGGCUCUUCGUGGUGGUGGUGAACAUCCCAGAGAGUGUGGACUUCUCACGAUUCUUAAACAUCUACAAUGAAUCCAGCUGUUUUGAGUUCCAUCACAGGCAUCCUCCAAUUACAGCGAUGGCUUAUGUUCAGCCCGUGUUGGUGCUCACCAUGCUGGCAGUCAACAUCGUGUCCACCAUUCUGGUGUCUUUGACUCUAACCAACCGUCUGAAUGAGUCUGCGAGGAUCAAAAACAAGGUAAACGUCAUGCUGAUUUUCGCCAUGAACUUGAUGAUGUUCACCGUGUUCUUCUUGCCCGUGUCCCUCUGCAUUUUAUUUAAAAGCUGGAGACCUUAUAUCAAGCCGCUGAUAUGCCUCGCUAGUGUGAACUGCUGUCUGGAUCCUCUCUUGUACUACUUCUCCUUUGACGGUUUCUGGAGGAGGAAAGAGGAUGUGGAUACGUCUGGCGCAAGAGAUGGUUGGAGAGAGUAGACGGGGACAUUUGUGUGUUUGUGUGUGUGGAUAGGUGACAUAUAAGUCACAAGCUGGAAAAACUAAAUUAUUGUACAUUUUUUUUGGAAUAAAUUUCUCACUUUUCACAAAAUUAUGUUUCUUUUUUGAUUGAUCAUAACUUUGUCAUAAUGGUCCACCCCCAAAAACGAAACAUUGGCUUUUUUGUUUCCCACAGAGCAGCGUUAGAUGACCUGAAACGGAGAGAUGUAUAUUUAAAUUUCCUUCAAAGUGCAACAGACUUUCAGUCGCUGUUCUUUCCCCGCAUGCAUGUUUGACACAAAUCUGUUGUUUCGUAUCUGUUAACAGGAAAGACGUUGCACCUGAAACAACUUUUAGUUUUUUUUCAG